GUUGGACAGCGGCUGUCAUAAUUUUAAAUUCCACUACGCGUACAGCGUUCUUAACAAUUAGCGCAAAUCAAUGUGAAAUAGAAAUGCAGGAGCCCGACGAAAGUCCCAUUGGAAUGGCCUUCAACCAGGAGGCCAUCGCUCAGCGCCUGGCGGCGUUAACUCGCUGGCAGGACGAGCAGAAGAGACUGCUGCAGGAGCGUCAGACCAAUCAGCGCGUUUUGCUCGGCUUAGAACAGCGCAAUAUGUACAAAAUGCUGGGUUUGCUCCACCAGGAGGCGGAAAGCAAGGAGAACAGUGUGCUGGAGGAGUCGCAGUGGGACGAUGAGCACUCCAUACAAAUGCCGCGGCUCGCAGCUGAUCAGGACGAACAUGAGCUGGAGAUUCCUUUGACCAGUCCGCAGCCAGCCAAGCCCAAGCGACCUUUCCUGCGUCGCGGCGAAGGUCUAAAGCAGCGCUUCAAGAUCAAUCCCGACCAGCUGCGCUUGGAGAACCUGCCGCGAUACAAGUACGCCAAUGCCCAUCCCCAGUUCCGCACGCCCCAGCUGAAGAAGGGCAUCCUCAAGAAGCGCAAGUCACCGCCUGCUCACGCUCCUGCUCCAGCUGCCGCCCCUGUUCCAGCAACCAAACUUCCAGCUCAACUCGAUCUCAACGAGCAGCGUUUCCAGCAGAUGCUAAUCAACUCCAAGAACGUCUGCAACUCUACGCCAGAUCUCAAGUCUUCCUACGCCUCCUCCACCACUGCCUCCAGCAUCUCGCCAAAAGUUCGAUUCGUGGAGCAGAAGAACAGAGCCGGGCAGACCACUCAAGCCGAUGAUGAAGCCUCCUCGGAGGCCAGUCCUAUGACAGGAGUUUGCUGGGCCAAGGUGUUGGACACACAAAGCAUAAAGCCAGCUCAAAUCCAAAGACGCUCAGCUCAAAUCCGAGUGGAGGAUGACAGCAAUGUAAGCAUAUUCGAGUUACUCGAGCAGAAAGCCACUGAAGGGAACUUUGAUAUGAACUCCAGCUGCAUUCGUACCUUUAUGGCGCGCAAGGAUCAGCGCCAUGGCACAGCUGAUGACUCCGAUCAUAUUGUCGUCACACAGCAGGUGCGUCAGAUGCGUUUGCAGCCACAUGUAGACCAAGUGCGGAUCCAAGAAUUGGAGGAGGAAGAUGAAGAGGACGAGCAGCAGUCCAGUGACCAGACUCUAACAGCAACACCCAUUCAGGUGGGGAAAACCCAAGUGCGAGUGCGCUUCUCCGACUCCAAUGACACCAACGAAUACUCCGAUGCAACCACCCUAAACGACGGCUCCAAUAUUCAGCUCUUCGAACAGUUCAAGUCCGCUCUCUUUCAGGCUUUGGAGCAGAAGAAGAAGUCAAGUCCCAGUCAGCACCCAGAGGAACCUCUCACCCAAGAGCUUCAGGAGAAGGCUAAUUUAGUUAAAACUCGUCUCGAGGAACUUGAGGCCGAGAUCGCACAUUUCAAGGCGCAGAACGCCCAGCUCCUUCGCCUCAAGCAGCAACACGAGUUAGAUCAGGCUAAGUGCACACAGGACCACAUGGAGGCCAUGGAACGCGUCCACGACGAAAAGAUCCAAGCGGAGAUUUACCUGCAUGACGAACGCAUGAAGAUCGAGGAGGAGCGCCGCAAGUUUGAGCAGCAGAUGAGGCUCCAAAAGAGCAAUGCAAACACUAAGGAAAAGAAGGAAAUAGCCGCCUUGAAGCAGGAGUUGGAGGGACUGCAGAUCCAGCUCAAGCAGAAGGAGCAGACCCACGUCUCCGCACAGGCACGGCUCCGAGCUCAACUGCGGGCCAGUGAGAAGGAGCAGCGCAAUUACCGGGACGAGAUCGAGCUGCUUAGCAGAGAAAACAAGCGCUUGGAACAGGAGCUGAUCAAAAUAAGUCGCGAGAGUAACAGCAAAAUGCUGCAGGAGAUCAACCGAAACAUUGCUAGACUGGCACCAAAGGUGUUGCCGUCUGCCUCCACGUCGCAAAUCCUUGAUGAGAACGGCCGCCGUGCUCAGUCCUUGGAUGGCACUGCUGGUAAGCCUGCCAAGCAACGUGAACCGCCAAAUCGUCGCCAGAGCAGCGGAAGUGCCCAAGUGAGAAGUCGCAGUCGCUCCCUGGGCAGAAACAAGAAAAAACCAGAGGCUUUGGAUGAGAGUUACGCCUCCAGUAGCUCUGCAGACGAGGAAGAAGUUGUGGCACCAGUGACGGCUGCCAAAGUCGAUACCCCACCGGCUGCCAACUCUAGCAGCGACUUUAAGCGGGAGAUUAUGAAUGCAGAUGGAAGCAAGGACAUUUGGUACCCCAAUGGCAAUCUAAAGAAGAUAAGCGCAGAUGGCAUGACCAUUCGCAUGCUGUACUUCAAUAAAGACAUUAAGGAGACUGACAUCAGGGAGGGCACAGUGAAGUAUUAUUACGCCGAGACCAACACCUGGCACACCUCCUACCUUGACGGCUUGGAAAUACUCGAGUUUCCCAAUGGACAGACUGAGCAUCGUCGCAAGGAUGGCACCAUCGAGAUCCACUUUCCCAACAACAGCAUUAAGGUGGUUGAUCCCAGCGAUGCAGAAAAACUGGAGGAGUGGCGUUAUGCGGAUGGAACUCACCUAGUGCAGCUCCGGAACGGGGACAAGAUUCUGAAUCUACCCAACGGCCAAAAGGAGAUUCAUACAAAACUGAACAAGCGAAGGGAGUAUCCAGAUGGCACUGUUAAGCUGGUCUACCCGGAUGGCAGCCAAGAGACUCGAUACUCCAACGGCCGCGUUCGCUUAAAGGACAAGGAUGGAAAGCUCAUCAUGGACACAGACUACGCAAAGUAUUAGGGACGGGUCUCUGUUUCCGUUGUGAAUUAUAGUUUUUAAAUAAAUAGAAAGGCGUGCUGUUUUUGUAACUCUA